ACCCAGGGUUUUAAAAUGGCCUCCCCGUCUUUAACCCGCCAAACAAGCAGAACAAAACAUGAGCAAAGAAAAAUGGCCGACAUUUGAAGAAAGGAGGAGGAAGGACUGAAGAAGUGAAGCUCUGAAGAAAAUGGCGGAGCUAGGCUUUCAAGAACAAAGCGCGGUGAGGUCAUCAGGUUACAGAGCUCGAGAUGCGAGCCCUGACUCCGUUAUAUUCACUCUGGAAUCGAAUUUCAGCCUCUUCUCUUCGGCUUCCGCUAGUGUCGAUCGCUGUUCUUUUGCAUCCGAUGCUCACGACCAUGAUUCUCUCGCUUCCGAACUCUCUUUACAUUUGGCAGGACAUGAAGGAGGAGAUCAGAAUGAGAGUUUGAGUGGACCAGAUCUAGAUCCAAACAAAGCUAUGACAGUCCAUAAGCACAGUCGUCUCUCCAGAAAAGGGGAAAAAGUGAAAGUUCAAAAAGGAGAAAACAAUGAAGCUCAUAUAGUAGAGGACGAAAAUCAGCUGAUAGAUUCAGCAAGAAACUCAUUCUCUCUUGCUCUUAAAGAGUGUCAGGAUAGGAGGACUAGAUCUGAAGCUUUGUUGAAGAAUCCUGAUAGACGAAGACCUGCUUCAUUAGAUCUAAACAAUGUCUCUGCUUCAUCUCCGCGGUUGGGGGCUAUGAAGAAAAGCUCUGUUGCGACACGGAAAUCGGGUGCAUUUCCUAGUCCCGGAACUCCCAGUUAUCAUCAUCAUCAUCAUUCGAGUGCUGGGAUGCAGAAAGGUUGGAGUUCUGAACGUGUGCCAUUGCAUAACAAUGGUGGAAGGAGGCAGGGGAAUGCUGCUGGAGUGUUGCCUUUUAACAAUGGAAGGACUUUGCCUUCAAAGUGGGAAGAUGCUGAGAGGUGGAUUUUUAGUCCUGUUUCUGGAGAUGGUGGUGUCAGGCAAUCCAUUGUGCCUCCACAAAGAAAACCAAAAUCGAAGAGUGGUCCACUUGGUCCUCCUGGGAUUGCUUACUAUUCGUUGUACUCACCUGCGAUGCACAUGUUUGAUGGCGGCCAUACUGGGAAUUUCAUGGCUGGUUCUCCUUUUUCAGCUGGUGUGAUUGCAGCUGAUGGUUUAGCAAUUCAUUCUAGUAGCCAUGGUGGAGGAUUUGCUGCUCGGACUGAGCCUUGCAUGGCCCGUUCUGUUAGUGUGCAUGGAUGCUCUGAGGUAGUGACUCCACCGUCAUUUCCUUCUCAAGAUGCAGAUGAAAAUCUUGAAACAGUCAAGGAUGCAGCCACUGAUAUUUCUCGUACUGUUUCAAGAAGAGACAUGGCGACCCAAAUGAGCCCACAGGGUAGCACCAACUCAUCUCCCAAAGGAAGACCUUUCUCUCCCUUGACCCCUUCUGCUCUGCCUAUCAUGGAAGUGCAGAGCAUCCAUUCCUCAAAAUCAGAAGUGAGAGAUGUGCAGGUAGAUGAAAGAGUCACCAUGACUAGGUGGUCGAAGAAGCAUAGAGCUCGAAACUCUGGGAAGAGCUCAGAAAUUGUUGAUGACUGGAGAAAGAGGGCUGUUGACACUCGUACAUCAACUUGGGAUGUGACGGAAACAGCAAAGAACAUUUCCAAGAUCAAAAGAGAAGAAGCCAAAAUCACUGCUUGGGAGAAUCUGCAGAAGGCAAAAGCUGAGGCAGCCAUAAGGAAACUAGAGAUGAAGCUGGAAAAGAAGCGAUCAUCAUCAAUGGAUAAGAUAAUGAAUAAACUGAGAUCAGCUCAAAAGAGAGCCCAAGAAAUGCGAAGUUCGAUGUUAGCCAACCAAGCCCAUCAAGUUACAAGGACCUCACAUAAGGCUUUAUCAUUCAGUAGAACCCGCCAGAUGGGUUCAUUGAGUGGCUGCUUCACCUGCCAUGCUUUCUAAUGCCUCACUUGGCUAUCUGUUAAUGGUUCAAUUAGGCGUGAAAUGCCAGUUUGAAGAACAAAGACCCCUGGAGACUAUGAAUAUUGUACAGGAAGCAACUUCAAUACUGACGCUAAAUUGGUGUCACUGCAGUUUUGCAUGAAUGAAACACCGCUAUCUCCGUCAAGGUUCCAGAUAAGAUCAAGACCCCAAUUGCUAUGCGCCGGGGCUCAUAAUUUCCUGAAUGUUUGACUAAUAAAAUCCUGUAUGCAUGUAUGUAUGUAAAUCAACCUUUUCGAGGGUUUUUUCUUACUAUAUAUGACCGUUUGCCAUGGAAAUGGAAAUAUCGUUCAUGCCUUUUACCUUCUUAAUUACAUCAAGUAAUCGGAUUGAUGAGGUCAAAUAGAUGCAAAA